AUGGCCGACGUCGUUCAGACUCCCUUGGAUAAUAAAACAAUCUCACUAAAAGUCCCCGGCCUCCAUGAUCUUCCUAUCAAUGUGUCACUCUCCCACGAUCAAUUCGCCACAGGGGUCAAUGACUGGUGUGGUCCUGUUCUCACAGUCAAAGAACUGGCCAUCCUAGAUCUAAUCAACACCAUAACCGACCGACCGGAUUGGCACCGCGCCAUCUUUGACCAGAAAGUUAUCGCUCAGUGGCGAAAAGAGUCCGUUGCAUCGUCGUCGCUGAUCAAUGACAAAACGUGGGACUGGUGCCUGAAAGAGUUGCAAGACAAGGCUCAACAGUUCGACCGAGAAGGCCGCUUAGUCGUUUUUAACACGAGCAGCGGUUCACAGCUGCCGAAUUUUGUCGACUUAUUAUCUCAUCAAUCCGUUCGGCAGAAGUCAGAGUCAGCUGUGGUAAAUCUCGUCGACCCAUCUUUGUUUCCCCUUGUCUAUGGGAGGACGAAAAUUCUGGUCGGAGGACAAUCAUGUGGAAUGGACGAGAAUUCCUGGUCGUCACGUAGUAAAAAAAAGGGCCCGAUCGUUUCGGAACUCCCACAACUGGCAAAAGGCACAGCCUUGUCAAAGGGCUACGGUCGGUAUAUUUGGUCCUUGAAAUUUCAGUGGCUGCCAUGUGAAGUGGAAUUCGCAGGUCCUCCUGGGUCUACGGAUAUUCGGAUUUCGUCUUACAUCAACAAUCUCCAUCCGACGAACCGUGAGAUGUACUCCGCGAUCGAGGCCGUGAUCUCUAGCAGCAUCAAGCAAUGGAACGAGAUUUUGGUUCGUAAUAAGUGGAGGAGAGCGAUUAGCCUAUUUUACGGGAAAUGUGACUCCUGGCCUCGUGAGCCUAUACGAAUCCGCACUUACGGAGUUGGGUGGAAAGCCCAGUUCCCUGAAUGGGCGAAAAAAUUGCCCCACAAGGAAGACCAGGGCAAACUAUCUACGGAAGAAUAUGAAGCUAUGUCUGCUCAAGUGGAGGCGUACCUUCAGGAACCUGAAUCCAAGGAUAAGGUAUACUGGGAUCAGGUCAGAACACAAAGGAUCCCGGAUGAUUGGAAGGCCCGUUGGGGGUUACUUCGCACAGCUUUGACCAAGUAUGCAUGCAAAUUCGUCUUUGAGCACUCGGACCCAGGAACCGCGUACUCGUACUCGGACUGGAAAGCAGGCAGGACCGGGAAAGCAAUCGUUGGCCCGGCGCACCACUAUUGGGUUUGUAAUACGGAAUAUGAGCUGUCUAAUUUCAUUAAAGCAAACCCUUGGUUGACACCCUACGAAUGGAUGUAUAAGCCAAAGGAUGACGAUCCUGACGAUCACCAGUUCUACACCCUUGCAUUGCAGGAUGAGUUUCGAGAACAGGGUCUCCAGACUGUCGUCCGGAUCCACAGCAUCGAGCUAGACCCUGAGACGCCAUCCUUCCCCGGCGAGGAGUGGCACACCGAAGGAAAUGCAAACGAACGCAUAGUUGCGAACGCCAUCUACGCGCUUGAUUCGGAAAAAAUUUCCGAGCCGCAAAUCAGCUUCCGGCAGAGGUGUAACCUAGGGGUCCGUACCUGGGUCUACGACAGAAUCGGCGCCGACGAUUCAGAAAACGAGGGACGUGAUGAAGAUGAGAUCGAUGAACUAAUCCUGAAGUAUGCCCUAUGGGACGUCAAGUAUAUUGGAAGGCUUUUCGGAUUCGAGGACAUGCAGUAUAGUCCGGCCUGGCAACAGCUCGGGGAGGUGAAGAUGCCUCCGGGCCGCCUGAUCUCCUUCCCUAACGCCUUCCAGCGCCGAAUGGGCCCAUUGCAGCUUCAGGAAAAGAGCAAACUCGGUCACUGCCGUUUUCUCACUGUGUCUCUUGUCGAUCCGACCUACCGGAUUUGCUCUACGCGGAACGUUCCACCCCAGCAGACUGGCUGGACCAAAGGCGAUGGCGCUGAGUCUGCGACACAAAUGGAUCUGAGUGAGGCCCUCGAGUUGAGAGAGGAAUUGGUCAAGGAACACGCCAAGAAGGAUGAAAAUGUCUUUGAGCUUGCUUCAACCCUCACGUUUUCUGGAUUUGAUUGA